CUUUAAUAACGUCGCCAUCAUCCAAUCCUACCCCAUCCACAGCUCCUCGCUUUCACACGUGCUCUUCUCCUUUUUCUCGCCGCUUAUCUCUCAUCUCUCUUCGAAUCAAAUUCCAAACCCUACAAAACCAACUUUCCUUUUUUUUUUUUUUUUUUUUUUUUUAAUUUCUCUGCUGUGAAACGAGCUUGUAAGUUCUGAGAAAAGGGACUGAUUUUGAAAUUUUUGAACCGAAUUAGGGAUUAAUUGGGAAAUUAAAUGGGGACGGUGAUGUCGUCGAUGGCGGCGAAGUUCGCGUUCUUUCCGCCGGAUCCGGCGUCGUAUGGUGUUGGGGUUGAAGAGUUGAAUGGGAAGCUGAAGAUGACAGGUGUCGCCACGAGGGAAAACGUCGACGUAUUGAAGCUUUGCACGAAGAGAGGGAACAACAUCAUCGCCAUGUACAUAAGGAACCCGUCGGCGUCUUUGACCAUUCUCUAUUCACACGGAAACGCCGCUGAUCUGGGUCAGAUGUACGAGUUGUUCAGUGAACUCAGUCUUCACCUCCGAGUCAACCUUUUAGGUUAUGACUAUUCUGGGUAUGGCCAGUCCUCUGGGAAGGCUAGCGAGCAGAACACUUAUGCAGAUAUAGAAGCUGCUUAUAAAUGCUUGGUAGAAAUGUAUGGGGCGAAAGAGGAAGAUAUUAUUCUGUAUGGACAAUCUGUUGGCAGUGGACCUACUACAGAUUUGGCUGCUCGUUUACCAAACCUUAGGGCUGUGAUUCUCCACAGUCCGAUCUUGUCCGGUCUUCGAGUCAUGUAUCCUGUGAAGCGGACAUACUGGUUCGACAUUUACAAGAACAUUGAUAAAAUUCCAUUGGUCAAUUGUCCAGUUCUGGUUAUUCAUGGAACGGCUGAUGAUGUAGUAGAUUGCUCCCAUGGGAAGCAACUUUGGGAACAAUGUAAACAAAAAUAUGAACCCUUAUGGGUUAAAGGAGGAAAUCAUUGUGACCUGGAGCUUUACCCUCAAUAUAUAAAGCACCUGAAGAAAUUUAUUGCGGCCAUUGAGAAGUCAUCGCGGCAAAACACUGAAUCUGGACCUGUUCCCGAUCAACUGGACAAACCUCGGAACAGCAUGGAGUUUAGAGAGCAACCUAGACCCAGCAUGGAUGUAAGGGAGGAUUCAAGAAGGAGUAUUGACUUUAAAGAAAGGCCCAGGGCAAGCACAGACCAUAAAGAAAAGUCAAGAGCUGGCAUGGAUAAGAAAGAUAAAACAAGAAAGAGUGUAGAUCUCCCAGAGAAGGCAUCUAAUGGAGCAGAAUCUGAGAAAGCUAGAAAUAGCAUUGACCGUUUUGGAGAGAUGGUGAGAUCUGUUGGAUUGUGCAAUAUUGAUUGUUUCAGGCCCGCAUCAACUCAUGCAUAAAGAUGACAGAGCUAAUACGUUGAGGUUGUAUUCUUCUGAUUAAUUAUUUUUGAUAUGUCGAUGGGUUGUAUGGGCGAUAGGAAAAUGUUCCAUUGGGUCCGAUUUAUUUUCCAAAGAAAUAGAUGAUAAAGUAAUUUAACCAGGUAGAUCACGUGCCAUUAAAUCUUCCUUUUAGCAUGCUAGCGUAGACCGAUGGAGUGCAUUCUAUUAUUUGGGGUUGGAAUCGCUGUAUAAACAACACUUUACUCGUAUAAAAAGU